AAGUUUCUUUGAGAAAGGGUCAAUUCUCUCUCAUUCUCGUAGGCAUACGUACACACACCACCUCCUCUCUCCAUCUGCUAGUCGAGGAAAGAACUGUUCCAUUGCUGACAAUGUAUCUUCGACCUCAUAAAUCUAGCAAACCGGCCAGCUCCGUGCCGGAAGCACAGGAAUCCCUGAGUUCUCGCCACCGGCAGAGGUGGCGGACGGCUUUCACACUAAUUUAUUGCACCCGAGUUCUUGCUUCUUUGUCCAAGAAAAUUCUUGACAAGAACACCGGUGUUCUUGCCAGGAUCUUAAGCCCAUCCCCAUCUUAUGUUGCCAUCAAUGUCAACGAGAAUGAACAGACUGAUCAUAGACUGUUUUUCAAUGUUGAUCAGAAGACGCUCACUGAUAUGGUGCGAGACAAAGACCUCGAAUGUCUUUCCCAGUUGGGAGGAGUCAAGGCCGUGGCUAUGAAUCUUAAGACUGAUGCAAAAAAUGGUAUUCGGAACAAUUAUGUUGAAAUUGAGAAUAGAACUCGUGUGUAUGGUUCAAACAAAUAUCCGAAACCGCCCGUGAAAAGCUUUCUCAGUUUUGUUUUUGAAGCAUGCAAAGAUCCCACCAUUAUCAUGCUUACACUUUGUGCAGUCUUUUCUCUAGGCUUUGGUAUCAAACAGCAUGGCAUGAAGGAUGGGUGGUAUGAUGGAGGAAGCAUCAUUGUGGCUGUCAUUCUAGUAGUUGGUGUCAGUGCAAUCAGUAACUUCAAGCAGGGCAGACAGUUUGAGAAACUCUCAAACAAGAGCAGUGAUAUAAGAGUGGAAGUAGUCAGAGACAGGCGGCGGCGACCCAUAUCCAUCUUUGAAGUUGUUGUGGGGGAUAUUGUGAACUUCAAGAUUGGUGAUCAGAUUCCGGCUGAUGGAUUAUUUUUAGAUGGACACUCCUUGAGGGUAGAUGAGUCAAGUAUGACAGGCGAAAGUGACCACGUGGAAGUUGAUGCUGAGAAUCCUUUUCUGCUUUCUGGCACGAAAGUCACAGACGGCUUUGGCUGCAUGCUUGUUACUUCAGUAGGCAUGAACACAGCAUGGGGACAGAUGAUGGGCACGAUCAGCCGUGAUUUGAAGGAGCAAUCACCACUACAAGCUCGCCUCAACAAGAUGACUUCUUAUAUCGGCAAAGUUGGGCUGCUGGUUGCUUUUCUUGUUCUUGUAGUUCUGCUGGUCCGUUACUUCACUGGAAACACGGAAGAUGAAAUGGGUAACACGGAAUUCAAUGGAAGUAAGACAAAGAUCAGCAAAGUUGUAGAUGCAGUUGUUGAUAUUGUUGCUGCGGCUAUUACCAUAGUGGUGGUUGCCAUUCCGGAGGGAUUGCCUUUGGCUGUUACACUAACUCUGGCUUAUUCCAUGAAGCAAAUGAUGGCUGAUAACGCCAUGGUUCGGAAACUCUCUGCUUGUGAGACAAUGGGCUCAGCCACAACUAUCUGCACAGACAAAACCGGUACCCUCACCUUGAACCAGAUGAGGGUCACUAAAUUUUGGCUCGGAAAAGAGGAAAUUAUGAAUGAUACUUCAUCAGGAAUAGCCCCAAAUGUUCUUGAAUUACUGAAGCAGGGUGUCGGCUUAAACACGACUGGUUGUGUUUAUAGAGCACUUCCCACAGUUGCUCCAGAUAUUUCCGGUAGUCCAACAGAGAAAGCCAUCCUUUCUUGGGCUGUGUUUGACUUAUGCAUGCAUAUUGAUGAACUAAAGGAAAAUUAUGAAAUUCUCCAUGUUGAUGCUUUUAAUUCAGAAAAGAAAAGAAGUGGGGUUUUGCUAAGGAGAACUGGCGAGGAGAUACACCACACACAUUGGAAGGGAGCUGCUGAGAUGAUACUGACGAUGUGCUCAAAUUAUUAUCUCAAGAAUGGACAGAUUAAAGCUAUCAACGAUAAUGAAUUAACAGAAUUCAGGUCAAUAAUUAGAGAUAUGGCAGUGAAAAGUCUGCGUUGUAUUGCAUUUGCAUACAAAGAUACUUCAGAAGAUAUUGGGCAGGAUCACAAAAGGCUCCAGGAGACCGGGCUUACCCUAUUAGGGUUAGUGGGUCUGAAGGACCCAUGUCGACCAGGUGUGAGAGUGGCAGUAGAGUCAUGCAUAAAUGCUGGGGUGAAUAUCAAAAUGAUCACUGGGGACAAUGUGUUCACUGCAACAGCUAUCGCCAUCGAAUGUGGAAUUCUAAACCCUGGUGAGGGUUUGAACAAUGAAGCUGUUGUGGAAGGUGUGGAAUUUAGAAACUAUUCAAAUGAAGAGAGAAUGGAACGGAUUGAUAUAAUCCGAGUAAUGGCAAGGUCAUCCCCAUUUGACAAGCUUCUGAUGGUACAGUGCUUGAAGCAGAAAGGCCAUGUGGUAGCUGUCACUGGUGAUGGGACUAACGAUGCACCUGCACUAAAAGAAGCAGAUGUCGGGCUAUCCAUGGGGAUUCAGGGCACUGAAGUGGCUAAGGAGAGCUCAGACAUAGUCAUCUUGGACGAUGACUUCAGCUCUGUGGUGACGAUUUUGAGGUGGGGAAGGUGUGUGUAUAACAACAUUCAAAAGUUCAUUCAGUUUCAGCUUACAGUUAAUGUUGCUGCCCUUACAAUCAACUUUGUGGCAGCAGUUUCUUCUGGUAAAGUCUCACUAACUGCAGUCCAGUUAUUGUGGGUUAACUUAAUUAUGGAUACCUUGGGUGCUUUAGCCCUGGCAACUGAGCAACCCACUAAUGAUCUGAUGAAGAAACCACCUGUAGGUCGAACUGAGCCACUGAUAAGCAAAAUAAUGUGGAGGAACCUCAUAGCUCAGGCCUCGUAUCAGGUAAUGGUCUUACUGAUCUUACAGUUCAAAGGAAGAUCUAUCUUCAAGGUGGAUGAGAAAGUUAAAGACACCAUCAUUUUCAAUUGCUUUGUCCUCUGCCAAGUUUUCAAUGAGUUCAAUGCAAGGAACCUGGAGAAGAAGAACAUAUUCAAGGGGCUGCUCAAGAACAGCCUAUUUAUAGCAAUCGUUGGGAUGACAAUAGUUCUUCAAGCGAUGAUGGUUGAGUUUCUCAAGAAGUUUGCCAAUACUCAGAGACUGGACUGGGGGCAAUGGGCUGCAUGUAUCGGGAUCGCAGCAUUUUCUUGGCCAAUUGGUUGGCUUGCCAAGUUCAUUCCAGUUUCCAGUUGAAAGUUUCUCCAGUUUCUGCAUCAUGAAACACAACACUGACUUCAGUCCUGGUAAAUAUGGAAGGGUGCCACAGAUUUAUAAGACUAGCUUUACUAUUUCAGCUUUCAUCUGUCUAUGGCAAAUGCUAGAGCUAUUCUAAAAUCAGUUCUUCUUUUUAUUUAUAUUUAUAUUUUUCUUUUGUGUUUCUUGGGUAGAAAGUUGUUGUAAAUAUGAAAGUGAUUUCUACAAUAGUCUUUAGAACCUCAAGGGUUGAUUAUAGCUAUAUAAUUCCCUUUUGUUUUCUA